GAGUCAAUAGUCAUGCGCUUUCGUAUCGAUCCUGCGGGAUGCAGACGCGAGUCCUUCUGGUCCAGGCAGCAUCGCGAACAUGGCGGAAUCCGGGUGGGCGUAACGCGCGUGGAUCCUUUCCUCGACAAUGAAGUUUAUCCUGUGUCUUCCGGUGCUCGCGUUCACCACCUUAAUCCUUCUGCAGGAUGUCUCAGGUGGAUUCAUGCAGAUGGAGGCGAAUCCGGACGCGAAACGGCUCUACGACGAUCUUUUGAGCAACUACAAUCGAUUGAUCAGACCGGUCAUCAACCACACGGAAACUUUAACGGUUUGGUUGAGCCUGAAACUGUCGCAGCUGAUCGAGAUGAACCUCAAGAAUCA